AUGAGAGAAGAAAAGGAGACAGAUACUAAUGACAGUGACAGUGAUGCUGAUAUGAUAACACAUUUGGCAGACCACAUUUUGGACAACAUCCUUCUCUUAUUACCAACUGCUGAUGCUGCUGUCAUGGUCACUGUCUCCAAGUAUUGGCUUAACUUAUGGAAUUCACUCAUCACAGUGCAUUUUUCCUUCAAUGAAACCACUCAGGGACUUCAAAGCUGUUUGCCAACCCUUUUGCCUUGUGUUAAAGAUUCUUUGAAUUUUUUGGGAUCACCUGAUGAGAAUCUAAUCAUUCACAGCUUUGUAUUCAACAUGCGUUUUGCCAAAGGACGCCGACAGUUUCAUAACAUGUAUAAUAUGCUUUACAUCUCCAAAAUAGCCACUUGUCUAGAUGAUUGGAUCAGUUUAGUGCUGCAAAAUGAUGUCAAGCAUCUAAAGAUUAGAUUUUCAAACUUGACAUACCAUGUGCCGCCGGAUAUCUUUUGCGGAACAUGCUUUCUCACGGUGCAUUUGGAAGAUUGUUAUUUUACCGGAGACCCAUCAUUUUGCACCCGUGAUUCAUCCUUUAAUUGCCUCACAGAGUUGGUUUUAGUGAAUGUUGAAACUAGUAGUUGUAUUGUUCAUAAGAUCCUAUCUGACUCCCCCUUGCUUGAGAAAGUUGUUCUCAGAAAUCUUACCAUAAUGAACUCCCUUAUGGUUUGCAACCUUCCCAGGCUUAGUUAUGUUGAAGUAGUUGAGCAAGCACUUGAGCACAGGAUUGAGAUUAGAGCACCAAAUCUUACAGUUGGAUGGAUCAAUUGA